AGAUCAGCCUAGGUUAUAGAGCAAGGACUCUUCUGAAAGAAUAUUCAGAGCAGUGGGCCUGGUACCACGACAGGAGGAGGGGAAAGGGGAGGGGAAAGGGCUGGAGGUGCAACCGACCGAGGAGAGACGGGGACUGCAGGUCACGCAGCAGACAACCCAAGAAGCAGGGAUACCGAGAGAAAAGGAAGAGAGACUUCACUAGCAGAACAGCAAGCCAGUGGAGAAAGGAGAGCCAGACCUGCACCAUGAGUGACAUCAAAUAUGAGAGGAUGAACGAAAAUGCUCUGCACAUGGAUAAUCCACCGCCCUACUCUGCAAAGAACGAGGAGCCUGGUCCUUCUGCUGGGAUGGCACCCACCACGGGCAGCAGAGGAACUCCCGCUAUGCCACACCAGUACACCCCUUACUAUGGUCCAGCCAGCAUAGCACAAACUUCGCAAACCAUCGUCAUCAGUUCCGUGCAGCCCAGCCGUGAACCGGAUUACAUGGCGUACUCCAUCUUCACCAUGCUCUGCUGUUGCCUCCCCUUGGGUGUUGCUGCCCUUGCAUACUCGAUUCAGGUGAGUGGGAGCUGAGUGAGUGUUUGAGAGAGGACUGGGGGGACCUUAAAGGGCAGGGACAGCUGCCUGUGCUGACAUCUAAGGCCCCAUCUGCACCAUACACUUAAAACAGUAUCAUACCACUUUAAACAGUCCUGGCUUCCCCCUCCCCCAAAGAAUCCUGGGGACUGUAACUUCUUAAGGGUGCUAUUUUUCUAGAAAAAGAGGCGCUGGAACUCACCACAAAUGUCUCCCUUGUUCUCUUAUGAAGGCAAUGGCACCCACCUGAGAGGUGCCAGAAUUCGGUUCUGGUGAGAUCCAGCUGGGGGGGGGGGAGGAAACCCUGGUGCUGAGAGUUGUUAAGAGUCCCCUAGUUAGAGCUAAAACAGGGCCUUAGCUACAGGGGAGCCAGCCGGGUAUUUUGCCCUGUGUGAACCCUCGAGGGGAAAGCCCCCGCUCAGUUUUCCUCUGAGACAAUCUAGGCUACUCAGAGGGAAACUGGGUGGAGGCUUCCCCCUUGAGGGUUCACACAGGGCAAAAUACCCAGCUAGCUCCACUGUGGCUAAGGGCUCUGAGACAAUCUAGGCCAGGCAUAGGCAAACUCAGCCCUCCAGAUGUUUUGGGACUACAAUUCCCAUCAUCCCUGACCACUGGUCCUGUUAGCUAGGGAUGAUAGGAGUUGUAGUCCCAAAACAUCUGGAGGGCCAAGUUUGCCUAUUCCUGAUCUAGGCUGAGGACACCGUACCAUCACCUGUGUUGAAGCAAAAUGCUGUUGCCAGUAUAGCUGGAUUCCAUACACUGAAAUACGACGGUGCCGUCUGGCCCACAGGCAGCAAAAUGUCUAGGCCUAGCCCUGGUAGCUGAGACAAUAUGUUGCAGCAAAACAAAGAGAGAAGCUCGUGGAAGCUUAAAGGCAAGCCCAUUUAUGGUGGCAACUGUUUUUAUGGAACAGAGCCCCCCUCUGUGUUUUAUCUGAGCUGUGGCAUGCCACCCAUGAAUCCAUAACAACCUAAGAAAAGCCUGCUGGGUCAGGCCAGUGGCCCUUCUAGUCCAGAAUCCUGUUCUCACUGUGGCCAACCAGAUGCGCACUAGAAGCUUGCAAGCAGGACAAGAGCACAGCAGCCCUCUCCCCAGUUGGAAUUUCCAGCAACAAUUAGUGACUAUGGCUGGUUAUUGUGGCUAGUAGCCACUAUUAAGUCUUAACUACCUUAAAAUCCUCUUUUAAAGCCAUCCAAGCCAUCACUAGGGACGCGGGUGGCGCUAGGGACGCGGGUGGCGCUGUGGGUAAAACCUCAGUGCCUAGGACUUGCCGAUCGUAUGGGCGGCGGUUCGAAUCCCCGCGGCGGGGUGAGCUCCCGUCGUUCGGUCCCAGCUCCUGCCCACCUAGCAGUUUGAAAGCACCCCUAAGUGCAAGUAGAUAAAUAGGUACCGCUUUAUAGCGGGAAGGUAAACGGCGUUUCCGUGCGCUGCGCUGGUGCUGGCUCACCAGAGCAGCUUCGUCACGCUGGCCACGUGGCCCGGAAGUGUCUUCGGACAGCGCUGGCUCCCAGCCUCUUAAGCGAGAUGAGCAUGAAACCCCAGAGUCGGUCACGACUGGCCCGUACGGGCAGGGGUACCUUUACCUUUACCUAAGCCAUCACUCCCUCUUGAGGGAGUGAAUUCCAUAGCUGGAACUAUUUGCUGUGUGCAGCACUGUUCUGAAUGUUUCUUUUGUCUGGGUUUUGCUGAUACGGUAAGUUACUGCAUCUGGGAGUGCGGAUAAAUCAGAAAACAUUGCAUUUUGACAAGAGGCAAUGUUUACCAUGACAGUACUGCAUGUUACCACUGGACCAGAUGAUCAUCUGGAACCUCCUGUCAAGCAGCAAGGAGAAUCGAACCUCCGCCUUGUAUCUUUGGUUCGAGAGAUGGUUCUUCACUUGCCAUGAUGUUACAGUGGUCAGUUAUGCCCCUGCAGACUAGGGCAAGUUACCACUUUGUACAUGGGUGUCUGAUUUCGCACUAUGCCACACACAUUCGGGAAGAGAUAAGGGGUCAGUGUGCUCCUCCCCUGAUCCAGUUUGUUCUCUUUGUCCCCAGACCCAAAACGCCAACCAAAAUGGAAACUACAUAAGCGCUCGACGAAACUCCAGGGUGGCACUCAUAUUGGCUCACACGGCACUCGGAGUGGGUCUUGGGUGCCUGAUUAUAUACAUCAUCUUCUGGAUGAAUAUUUCUCACCAGAUAAUCGAAGUGCCAACCAUCAGCCCCUGAGGAUACACAACGUUCAUAUGCUAAAAGUCAUUCCUUGCCCAAGAUGCCCAAGUCUGAGAAGUCCUCCUAAAUUGACGUCAUGCUCUUUGAAUCGUUCUGUAAAGUGGUAUGUUCUGAGCUGACUCCCAUACCCUUGUUCUAACUAGGGAUAGAUUUACAAUGUCAAGCGAUGAACAUCAUGUGUGAGCCAGCUCUGUGAUACCCAAAGAUCUCAAACUCCUUCCAGGAGUAUCUCUCCCCUCUCUCAUUCUCCCACCCAGAGUUAUUUCGAUUUCGAGAGUCUUCUGGUCUUGUCCUGUUCCUCUUCACUGCUGACCAUUCUUCCAACAUUUCACAGAUAAUAAUUGGGACAUGCAUGUAACACAACAGUUGUCAGAGCACAAAUUUCUACCCAAGCCCUAUCCUUGACACCCAUCCCAUUCCCCAUCGUCCUACUUCUUUGGCCUUAUUCGUAAAAUUUUUCGGAGACACCGUUGAUGGAAUCUUAUAAAUGCCAUCUCCAACUCCUCAAAAGAUUCCAUCAACGGUGUCUCCAAAAAAUUGUACACAUCACUUGGGAAGACAGAUGAACUAAUAUCAGUGUACUGGAAGAAGCAAAGAUCACCAGUGUUGAAGCAAUGAUUCUUCAACAUCAACUUCGUUGGACUGGUCAUGUUGUGUGGAUGCCUGAUGAUCGUCUUCCAAAGCAACUACUCUAUUCCAAACUUAAAAAUGGAAAGCGUAAUGCUGGUGGUCAACAAAAGAGGUUUAAGGACUGUCUCAAGGCAAAUCUUUAAAAAUGUAGUAUGAACACCGACAAUUGGGAAACACUGGCCUGCAAGCGCUCCAGUUGGGGAACAGCCUUUACCAAAGGCUUUGAAGACACUUGAACUCAGAAUGCAAGGGAGAAAUGUGCUAAGAGGAAGGCACGCUUGGCAAAUCCACACCGUGAUCAGCUCCCACCCGGAAACCAAUGUCCCCACUGUGGAAGGACGUGUGGAUCCAGAAUUGGCCUGCACAGUCACCUACGGACUGAUUGUUAAAACCGUGUUUAUGUAAGACAAUCUUACUCGACUACGAGUGAUCGCCAAAGAAGAAGAAGAAGAAAAAGAAGAAGAUCCUGCGAUAACUUAUCCCAUAUGUUUUUAAUGCAAAGAAGGCACUUGUGAGAUGCUUAGAGAGCUAUCUGAGGCAAAAUAAAUAAAAUAUACAAUGAGAUCACCAUGA